UCUCUCUCUCUCUUUUCAGCUUUCGUAGAGGGGAGUCAAGUGUAAUUUGAGUCAAUAACACUCGUGCAAUAAUUGGAAUAAUUUCCAGGCUGCCUAUAUAAAUGUAAAAGCUGCAGUUUGUUGUGGCUGCUGCGCCUUUAACAUCUCUGGAACAGCGCAACAUUAAAAAAAGAGGGGAAAAAACAGAAGUAAUUAAAAAAAGGAGGGUGUGAGAACUUAACAGCGGGGGUGGGAAGACAAGAAGAAAAAAAAACACAUCUGGGGGAAAAAAAUGAAGGAGACAAGCUUCACGGGGCCUGUCACAAUCAAGAAAGGAAAAUACUCCCGAAAGCUGCAGAAAGGAAAGGAGAAGAGAUGGCUGCAGCCGAUCCCGAUAGCCAGCCUUGCAGACUGCACUCAGCCUGAGGCAGAAAAGAACGGCUCCCUGCAGGACAUGGAGGAAGACAUCAGCCUGAAGAAGCGUAAAGGUGAUCACCAUGGAGAGAAAGAGCUGCAGGCGGGCCAAGAGACAGGCGAAAAGGUCAAAAGGAAGCGAGGACGCCCACCGGCUGAGAAGCUGCCUCCUAAUCCACCCGAGCUCACCAAGACACUGAACACUCUGGUGGACAUGGUGAUCAACUACAAGGACGGGCUGGGACGACAGAUCAGUAAAGGUUUUGUGCAGCUUCCCUCUAAGAAAGAAGUACCGGAGUAUUACGAGCUAAUCCGAAAGCCCGUGGAUUUCAGGAGGAUCAGAGAGCGUGUUCGUAACCACAAGUACAGAAGCGUUGGGGAUUUGGAAAAGGAUGUCUUCCUUCUAUGUCACAAUGCACAGACUUACAACCUGGAGGGAUCCCAGAUCUACGAGGAUUCUAUCGUCAUCAAAUCGGUUUUUGAGAGCGCUAGGCAGAGAAUUGUCGCGGACGAAGAGCAAAAGGAGACUGUCAGCGCCGCUCACGGCAAUCAUGGCGGAGGAGCUGAAGACCAGUUCGUCCAAUCAGUGACUCCUUUACCAGUUCAGAUAAAGAAGGAGGAUAGAAACAUCACUACUAUAGCCAAGACCCUCCACAGCGAUUUUGAUAGUGAAGAGGAUCCAGACGACAACAACACAAAAGAUCAGGGUUGAAAAAAAAGGCCCUCCCGUUUUUUAUACAUAUUUUUGAUCAUGCAUUUUCUCUGCCACAUCAGUUUCUUUUUAUUAUUAUUAUACAAAGAAUGGUCCUAAAAAAAUAAAAAUAAAAGUGGAGAAACCACUCAAAGACUAGCACUUGCGACGCUACGCUGUUUUUUUUGUUCUUCCCCCUAUGUUUCAGAUGACUCACACUGCACAGACUGCUGUCAGUCUCUUUUUUCACUAUUCUCUUCCAAAUAAUCAGUCACGUUUUAUCUGCUUCAGUCCCUGUGAUUGCUUCCGCGGUUUAUAUGUAAAAGACAGAUUUCGAUGACUGUUUCUAAUCGGGAUGUUUGAUUGUAUGAAGUGUCUUCAUUGUGUAUUCGGAGCAUGAUAUUUAAUCCAGCUCCUCCGGAGGAGCCCCGGCCGUCUGUGUGUUCGAGUUUACAGAAUUGAAGCACACACUGAAGACUUUGUAAAGAAAUUGUAACAAAAAUGAACAUAAUACAUUUGUGUAAAAUACAUGGGGAUUUUUAAAAUAACAUAUCUUUAAUAAUAAUAAUGAAAAAAUAGAGGUAAAGCAUAGUGGGAAUAAAAAUGUAGGCCUAGAGAUGCACCGAUUAAAAUUGUCCUGCCUAUCAAUGUCGAUUUCUCUUUAAGACUAAAAGUAUUGAUUUUACUAGCCCCCCUGCCAUAAGUGAUCAUUAGUUAUUUAGUUAUUAAAAAUAUAAAGACAUUGUCAUGCCUCAUGUGUGAGAAAGAGGAUUUACAAAAGAAACAAACCUAGACUAAAUACAAAAUUAGCCAUUUUACCUAGUGUUAACAUCUUACUUUAGCCUUUAGCCUGGAUAGUAUUAAAACAUGACUUCCCAGAUAAUGUAGAUCCUUUUUUUUCUGACGACAAGGUUUCCAAAAGGCUGCAAGUAUUUGCAAAUUACAGACACAAGUUGAGAUCCAAAGGCAUAAAACAGAGCAACUUUGUCGUACUGACUUCCUGUUCUCAAACGUUAGUGCUGUCAUGUGGCUUUAAUGAACCACAUUAGUAUCUCAACAUGUCAUAGAAAAAAUACAUUUAUAUUUCAAAUAGGUUAUUAUAAUCUCUGUGCUUCCUGUGACUCUUAAACACCUCACUGAUACUUUAAAUUCUCCGAUAGGAAAUUGAGCUAACUUUUAAUGUUUGGUCAGUAACAGUGUCCAUGCUACGUUUGAGAGUGUUGCUAGAUAUGGUGUGUUCAAUGAUCAAAAAUAUAUAGGACUUUUACGUUUCAUACCAGCUCGUCAUCAGACUGGGGUGAUGAAACUGGAAAUUGGUGGGUUUGGGUCAACAGGAGAUUUCUCGGUGCAUCUCUUAGUG